AUGCAGGUAGCGCAAAAAGAUAAAAGAGAUACGCAGAUCUCUAAAGCUUUGUCAUAUUUGCUUCGACAUGCAGCCACGAAGGAAAAUUUGAUCAUUGACACGAAUGGUUAUACUCCAGUGAAAGAACUACUAAGCCAUAAUAGAUUGAAAACUCAUAAAUGUACACUGGACGAUAUACAUCGCAUUGUUAAGGAGAAUGAUAAGCAACGUUUCCAUAUAAAAGUAUCCGAAGCGGGUGAAGAGUGGAUUUGCGCUACCCAAGGGCAUUCAAUCAAAUCCAUCAAACCAUCAGAUGACGUUCUUGAACCGAUCACUGAAGUAUCGCAGCUACCAGCGGAGCUGAUACAUGGGACAAAUCUCCAAUCCGCUAUAAAUAUCAUUAAAUCAGGCACGAUAUCACCGAUGAGCAGAAAUCAUGUCCAUUUGUCGCCGGGAAUGUUACAUGAGAAGGGUGUUAUUAGUGGAAUGCGGUCUUCAAGUACUGUUUAUAUUUUUAUUAAAUGCCAUUCUCUCUCAUUUCUUCAAAAUAUUAAAGUAUUCAGAUCCCUGAAUAAUGUUUUCUUGAGUACUAGCAUUCCUGUUCAAUAUAUUGAAAAAAUUGUCAUCAAAAGAAAUUUGAGGGACGAAGAGAAAUUAAAUAUCUUGACAAGAAUCUUGGGUGAGAGAAAUAUACCGAUGGAAAAGAUGUAA